AUGGCGUCCCGCAAUGCUCUUGACAACCCUGACUCCUAUGCGGUCGCCUGGAUCGCUGCUCUUCCCAUCGAGCGGGCCGCUGCAGAAGCGAUGCUCGAUGAGGAACAUGCAGCUCCAAUUGGUUUUACUCGACACCAAACUGACGCGAACGUUUAUACUUGGGGUCGCGUGGGAGAGCACAACAUCGUCAUCGCCUCUCUGGCCGCUGGCGUCUAUGGAACCACCUCAGCCGCGACCACGGCCUCUCAGCUGCUUGCCUCUCUGCCAUCCAUCCGUGUUGGUCUUUUGGUCGGCAUUGGCGGCGGCAUCGCUCGACCGGACGAGGGCCGCGAUAUCCGGCUCGGCGAUAUCGUCGUGAGCCAGCCCGAUAGGACCACGGGCGGCGUCUGCCAGUACGACUUGGUCAAGGCAAUGUCGGGCGACAAGCGUGAGCGUAAAGGCUUCCUCGGACGGCCUCCGACGGUCCUCCUCAAUGCGCUUGCCAGCAUCCAGGCCGAUCACGAGCGGAAAGACUCCAAAAGAUCCAAGCAGAAUCCCGGCUACGCUCACCAGGGCCUCGACAACGACCGCCUCUUCAAAGCUUCAUGCGAUCACGUCCCCGGGCCGGACUGUCGGGGCUGUGACACGGCUGACGAGGUUCAGCGCGAUCCUCGAGACACUACCGACCCUGGGAUCCACUACGGAACCAUUGCGUCCGGCAACACGCUUGUCAAAGACGCCGCUACGCGCGAUCGGAUUGUUGCCAACGUCGGCGAGGAGUGCAUCUGCUUGGAGAUGGAAGCGGCCGGCCUGAUGAACCACUUUCCCUGCAUUGUCAUUCGAGGGAUCUGCGACUAUGCUGAUUCUCACAAGAACGAUAGAUGGCAACGCUACGCAUCGGCUACCGCCGCUGCGUAUGCCAAGGAACUCCUUGCGUACGUGCCGGUCGCGGAAGUCCACGAGACCAAGAGGGCACUGGAAGUGCUUCAGUUGGUUCAACAACAGAUCGAUGGCGUGCAGCAGACGGCAAUCAAGCGCUGGCUUUGUCCCCCUGAUCCGUCUACAAACGCCAACCACGCGAGGAAGCUCCGCCAGGAGGGGACAGGCGCGUGGCUCCUAGACAACCCGGUCUUCCAGGAGUGGCACUCGGGGUCGCGUCGACAUUUAUGGUUGAACGGGCUCGCGGGAUGUGGCAAAACGGUUCUUAGUGCGACUAUGCUGGAUCAACUUACGGAGGGAAACGACCGUCUUAUCCUCAGCUUCUUCUUUGACUUUAGCGAUACGACAAAGCAGACCUUAAAUGGUAUGCUACGGUCGGUUGCUUUCCAACUUUACCACCAAGGUGGGGCUUCUGCAGGUCUUCUUGACGCCUCAUUCCAAGCCCACCAGAACGGCCGCGACCAACCUGCUACGAAAAAACUCGAGGAUGUUGUAUACAAGAUGCUUGCUGUCCAGAAGAAAGCUUCUAUUGUUUUGGACGCCUUGGACGAGUCGACAACAAGGGGUGAACUUUUCCAGUGGAUCAACGACGUGGUGUCCAGACCAGAGUUGGGCAAUGUCCAGUUGAUUACUACCAGUCGGCCUGAACCCGAGUUCCUGCGCGACAUUCCCUCGUUGAUAGGCGAGGAAAACUGCUUAGCACUCGACAAGGAGUCCAUCAACUCCGAUAUUCGAUCGUACGUUGCAGCGCAGCUUCUGCAACGACGCGAUUUGCGGGAGAAGCGCUUGUCCCAGGAUCUCCUCAAGGGGAUCCAGAGGAAGGUUGGCGACGGGGCCGACGGGAUGUUUAGGUGGGCGGUCUGUCAAUUGGACAGCCUGGCACGAUGUCCCCAUGAGGCCGCUAUCGAGAAAGCUCUCGCAUCUUUGCCGCGGAACCUGGAAGAGACAUACCGACGUAUGAUUCAAUGCAUACCGGCGGAGUUCAAAAGAGACGCGAUACGGCUUCUGCAUUUUCUAGUUCACUCGAAGCGACCUCUCAAGCUGGCCGAGGCUAAAGAAGUAAUAGCAACACAGGUCGAACCCGAACCACGGGGUUUUGACGUCAAGCGUCGACUGUUUCACCAGACUGACGCUUUAGACUACUGUCCCAACUUAAUGACAGUCGUUCGCACCACCGAUAAUGAGUUACAUCUUGCCCACUUUUCCGUCAAGGAGUACCUUCUCAGAGAGAGCCAGUUCAACAUUACGACUGCCAGCAUUCCCAUCACGAGGACGUGCUUGACUUAUCUUACAGACAUCAACCUCAAAGGUAACUACGAAAAAAUCAAGCGGGAUUUUCCUAUGGCAAGAUAUGCGGCGGAAGUGUGGGCGGACCAUGCUGCGUUGGCUCAGGCUUCGGAAGAUAUAGUUCGAGCGACAGUCAGUUUCUUAGAGAAGGAAGCGACGUUCCAACGAUGGGCUCGAUUAUAUCAACCUGACAUGGAUUGGUACUUUGAACCACCUCCUCCACAAGGUUCCAGGCUCUACUAUGCUUGCUGCACUGGACUCGUAGCGGCUGCACGAAAUCUUAUCGGCAAGGGAGCGGACGUCAACGCGCAGGGUGGCUUCUACGGCAAUGCUCUCCAGGCGGCCUCAUUAAGAGGCCAUCAAAGGAUUGGAGCGGACGUCAACGCGCAGGGUGGCGAAUACGGCAACGCUCUCCAAGCCGCCUCGGAUGAAGGCCAUCAAGAGAUUGUCAAACUGCUCUUGGACAAGGGAGCGGACGUCAACGCGCUGGGCGGCGAAUACGGCAACGCUCUCCAGGCCGCCUCGGAGGGAGGCUGUCAAGAAAACAUCCAACUACUCCAAAGAAUGGGUGCAAUUACGUCGUCUUCAAAGCGCUCUGGCUCCAAAGCUCCAGGCAACCUGGCGAAGAAACUUCGUCUCGCAGACCCUGAACCUUACUGA